AUGCUGGCCGUGAACGUGGAGUGCGUGGAGUUGCAGGGGAGGAUCCCUCGAAGAAGGCGAGCCGGAUCUCAGACUCGGCCGACGGGGCCCUCAGCGCACGUGCGCGCCUCGCAGCCCAACGUUGCCGCUGUUUCCUGCCUCUUGGGUUUGGCUCUCGGUGGCUGUGAGGUGUGGCGACUGCCCCGUCUGAAGCAGAAGUUCCAGAGAGGUUUCCGAAGGUUAAGGGCGGAGCCGGAGGUGUCUACAGUUGCUCGACCCGAGGCAGAUACCGACUUGCAGGAGGGCGAUGUGAUGGAAGUGCAGUCGGGUCACGUGCCGUGGUUGCAAAAGCAUCUGCCACAGGAAGAGGACUGCGAAGAUCUACUGCUACUCUUCAUGCAGGCGCUUGAAGAGAGAGGUGUGCAGCUGUACAAGGCGCAAGAGGAAGCAAUCGUGGAGAUCUUCUCUGGUGCCCACGUCGUGCUGGACACCCCAACCGGAAGUGGAAAGUCAUUAGUUGCCGUUGCUGCGCUCUUUAAGGCGCUGGCGGAAGGCAACAGGGCCUACUAUACAUCGCCCACCAAAGCACUUACCAGCGAGAAGUUUUUCGAUCUGUGUCGCCACUUUGGACCUGCUAGCGUUGGCAUGGCCACAGGCGACAUCUCCCUGAACCAGCGGGCGCCUUUGAUUUGCUGCACGGCCGAGGUCCUCGCCAGCAUCUCCCUACAUGAGGGGGAGGCUUCCGGCAUUAGCACCGUGGUCAUGGACGAGUUCCAUUACUUCGCCGACCCAGACCGGGGCUCGGCCUGGGAGGUACCGCUCUGGCGCAUGACUGGCACCGCCUUCCUCCUGAUGCUGGGCUUUAGGGUUUAG